AUUCAGGCUGACUUAACUAGUGCAUGACGGCCUCAUCUUCAGCUAAAGAGCAAACCGACAUCAGCUGAGUUUGCAUGAAGUGCCAUCCUUGUAGCUAAAAAAAAUAGGAAUUUAUCAUCACGUAAAAUUCAAGAUUAGCAUUUUACAACGGUACAGCUUGUAAAACAACUUAAACAACUGACGCAAUCUACCCAGAAACAGGAUAGAGGAGAAAUAACAUUGCAUCAAAAACCCGGCUAACAAAGAGGUCCUUCUUUCAACGACAACAUUUUUCCUCCAUAUUCAAUAGUUAUGAGUCAUGUGGCCGUCGAAAAUGUCCACGGUCUAGAGCAGCAGCUCGCUGUCCUAGACUUGAGUGCAGCAGACGGACAAGGUGGAGGCCCUAACCGACGGUACAUUCCUCCACAUUUACGGAACAAUGAGGCUUCCAAAAAUGCAGGAAAUGCCUUCAAUCCUGGUCGACCGGGUGGCUACACCAUAGCGCCGCCAGCAACCUACGGUUGGGACGGGGGUCGCAACAACUUUGUGAACGGCUACCAUGACAACCGCAUGGCCGGUGGCAACACGUUUCAACACCGAGGGCCGCCUCGCAUGGAGCGCGGACGCGGCGGGAUCGGAGGGGGUUACCGUGGCAACAGGGGCGGAGCCUUCAACCCCAUCAUCCCGGCGGCGCAACCCAUGGCGUUCGGCGGCUACGAAAACAAAGAUGCAGGUGGCUGGAACACACCCAAGGAAGCUUAUGGCAAUUUUGGCAACAACCGAGGGAAGUCCGCCUUCUUCAACGACAGAGGAAACGCCAACAGAGGAAGGUUUGAUCAUGGUGGAUUCAGUGGUGGCGGUGGAGGAGGAGGAGGAGGAGGAAACAGUCGCUGGGUGGAGGAGCCCAGAGAGGAAGGUGACUGGGCCAAACCAACGGCACGAAACGAACGCCUUGAACAUGAGUUGUUCUCCGGCAGUAACACUGGGAUCAACUUUGAAAAGUACGAUGACAUUCCUGUUGAGGCCACGGGACAGAACUGCCCUCACCACAUCGAGAGUUUCCAGGACGUGGACAUGGGGGAGAUCGUCAUGGGUAACAUCGCUCUGUGUCGCUACACCAGACCGACCCCUGUCCAGAAAUAUGCCAUUCCUAUUGUCAAGUCGAAGCGGGACCUCAUGGCCUGCGCACAGACAGGUUCUGGAAAGACUGCAGCCUUUCUGCUGCCGAUUCUCAGCCAGAUCUACAGCGAAGGACCAGGAGAAGCUCUCAACGCAGCUAAAGCAUCUGGACAGGACAAUGGAAAGUAUGGUCGUCGUAAGCACUACCCCAUGUCUCUGAUCUUGGCUCCGACCAGAGAGCUGGCCCUGCAGAUAUAUGACGAAGCCAGGAAGUUUUCCUACCGCUCAAGAGUGCGUCCCUGUGUCGUGUACGGAGGCGCAGACAUUGGCCAGCAGAUCAGAGAUCUGGAGAGAGGCUGUCACCUGCUGGUCGCCACACCUGGCAGACUGGUGGACAUGAUGGAGAGAGGCAAGAUCGGACUGGACUACUGCAACUACCUGGUCCUGGAUGAGGCAGAUCGUAUGUUGGACAUGGGAUUCGAGCCCCAGAUUAGGCGCAUCGUUGAGCAGGACACCAUGCCGCACAAAGGCAUCCGACAGACCAUGAUGUUCAGCGCCACCUUCCCCAAAGAGAUCCAGAUCCUGGCCAGGGAUUUCCUGGAAGAGUACAUCUUCCUGGCAGUGGGCAGAGUGGGCUCCACCUCGGAGAACAUCACCCAGAAAGUAGUGUGGGUGGAGGAGAGCGAUAAGAGGUCUUUCCUCCUGGAUCUGCUCAGUGCUACAGGUAAGGACUCGUUGACCCUGGUGUUCGUGGAGACCAAGAAAGGAGCCGACGCUCUGGAGGACUUCCUGUAUCGAGAGGGCUAUGCCUGCACCAGUAUCCAUGGCGACCGUUCCCAGAGGGACCGAGAGGAGGCCCUGAGUCAGUUCAGAUCCGGAAAGUGUCCCAUCCUGGUGGCCACAGCGGUAGCAGCUCGUGGUCUGGACAUCUCCAACGUGAAACAUGUUAUUAACUUCGAUCUGCCCAGCGACAUAGAGGAGUACGUUCACCGCAUCGGACGUACGGGACGAGUGGGAAACCUCGGACUGGCCACAUCGUUCUUCAAUGAUAAAAAUGGGAACAUCACUAAGGACCUGCUGGACAUCCUGGUGGAGGCCAAACAGGAAGUUCCCUCAUGGCUCGAGAGCCUGGCGUACGAACACCAGCAUAAGAGCAACAACAGAGGCCGCUCUAAGAGGUUCUCCGGUGGUUUCGGAGCACGUGAUUACCGUCAGACGGCAGCCGGAGGAACCGCCGGAGGGUUCGGAGGACGUGGAGGUCGCAACCAGGCCGGACAUGGAGGAAACCGCGGAUUUGGAGGAGGUGGUUUCGGUAACUUCUACACCAGUGACGGCUACGGAGGAAACUACCAGCACUCUCAAGUCGACUGGUGGGGCAACUAGGUUCCUCCUUAACUCAUCCCCUCUUUCUUCUUCUCACUCAUCUUCCUUCCUUUCUCCACUCCACUGUCUGCACCCCAUCCGCCUCCUCCCCCUCAUCUACCUUGAAAAAACCACGUGCAUGUUGUUAAACUAUUUAUACUCAUUUAUAUAGCCCUCCUUCCACCCAUAUACACUCAGAUCUUUUAAUUAUUUUCCUUUUAUCCUCCUCUCCAUCCCCUCCUUUGUCUUGUGAGUCCCCCAUCUUUUUCUUCUUUGGAAAAUGUCCGGUAAAUCUCACCUCUUACAAUAGGCUGCAGUUUAAAGGGAUUCUUCAAUUUUAGUUGGUUUUUAUUCAACACUAGCGAGCCACCAGCAGCUAGGAGCAUCCUUUUGGUUUUCGUGAGGACUUUUUUGAACAGUUUUCCCUCUGUGGCAAGUUCUCCAAACAAAAUAAACGAUUGAAUAGUGUUGGUGUUCCUUUAAAAACCCCGAAGACUUUAGAUUUACAGUCCCACAGAGCAGCUGCAGAGAGACAGCUUUUCACUUUAGAGUUUUGGCUUCAUUGUGUUUUUGUCUGCAUUCACCCAAAGCCAGCCAGGCAUCCUGUGUACCUUCACGUCAUCUUUGUAUGUAACGCAUGGCCAUGUUGUAAAUCACCGGCCAAACACUUUUUCUAAAACAUAGCGCAGAGAUGGGCAAGAUGUCAAAUCUGAGCAAAUAUGUCUUCAUUUAAAUUCCAAAAUGGGAACUGGCUGAAGUCUCCUUCAUCGACAUGAUAGAUACUUUAAAGCAGCCACUGAAGUCUUUAUUUACACCUUUUUAAAACAUAUUGAAGUCUUGAUUUCCAGAGAUCUGAGAAAGAUGUCUAGCAGAGACUGAAGGUACAAGAGGCUGGACUCACUGAAACCCCCAGCCCAUUAGCAACGAUGCUAACAGUCUCCGGACUGCUAACAGCAUUUCUUUUGUUUGAAACAAAACAUAAUGGAGGAUCAUUUGUUUCUGUACUGUGCCUUUUUAAAAAUUUGAACUUUGUCUCUUAUUUCCGUUGUUUUAAUUGCCAUAAUACGUAAGUGGCUACAAGUAUUGGCCAAGUGUAACUAAAACAAAUGUGUAUUUAAUGUCAUGUAUGGGUUUAAACAUGUUUUUCUUUAUUUAUAUUUGGAAGGAAACAAACUAGGCUUGAACUAAAUCAAACCUUGGCAAAAAAAAAAAACUAAACAAAAACUGCGAUGAGGAAACUCAAAGCAAUUCCUUAUCUAUUUAUUGGAGCUCAAAUUCACGAGGAGGUUUCUAAUGAGUCCCAAACACAUAUAACCACUAAUCCAGACUCUUUUGAUAUACCCUCACCCAGAGGCACGACCGCUUUGCUUUACGAGCCAGAAAGCAGAGACGAAAAGUGGUUUUAUGCUUUUGGGAGUCGUACUAACGGACCUAUAUGUCACAUCUACAGCUCUGGUUUGAGCUUGAGUUUGAGUUUCUCAAAGGCAUCUUGUCACUAAUUGUUGGGUCGCAGUAAAGAGCCAAUUAGCAGCAGUCGUUCCUGUCUUACUACUCACACAUGGGUUGUAAAAUGUAGAUCUUUAUACCUUUGUCAAGUCCAUAAAAGAUGUAAAAUAAUAGCUUUUAUUGUAAGUAAACGGGCAGAACUGAUCAGUAUCUAGCAUGGAAAUGGGACUGAUUUUCUGGAUGUUGAUCCCACCACUUGGCUACUGCAGAAAAACCCAAAGGUGAUUCCCGGCCGGCUCUUAGUGCCUCCGUGCUUUUGAGAAACGUGCUCCGCUUUCCACCACAAACAUUAAAACCCCUUGUCUGCCAAAAGCUUCUUUCAAGGGGAAACACAACUUUUAAACAAAAAAGGCUUAAAAGAGUUCAAAAUGUUCUCGCUCACUCUAUCCUGGAGAGUUACAUGAAGAGUCUUCUCUAAAAUAAGUCAUUCCAGUUUAUUUGUUCGGUCUUUAGGAUCAGGGAUAAAAGUAAAAGGAAUACAGCCGAACCCGUUUCACAGCAGGGACAGACGGGGCUGUCCGGAGAAGGCUUUUACGCCAUUGAGCUUCUCUUACAAACACAAAUAGAGCUAAGUAGCUUCUGCUUAAGAUUUGCAUAUUCGUAUUAAUUCUGCAGAUACAAUCUCACCUUUCUGCUCUGCUACUUCAUUUUGCACGGUAAAAUAAUGGAUUGAGUGCUAUAGUUGCACAACAGAACUGAAAUCAUUGUGAUGCAUUCAAGGCCCGUGGUGAGCCCUGCUCGUCCCUGCUGUGUUUAGUCCCUGAUUGAACUUCUAAAAGGAACCCCGCUGUCAAUUUAAGACGAUUCAGUGGUGUCCAAUCCCCUCCCUUUUUAUUAUUAAGCAGCAGAAUAAGCCAAAAGAAAAAGCCCUGUUGCUACCUGGUGGGGGAAAUGUUCAUCAGGGUCUUAAUUUGUUUUGUUUACAUGAGCAACUUUAGAGUGAAAUAGAUUAAAUGUAAAUAGUACAACUCUUCUUGAAACAGAAAAGAGAAGAAUCUCCAGUGAAGAAGAAUGUGAAUUACAAGUGAAACUCGCUUGUUGUUGUGUAGAAAAAUCACGUUUGAUCACUCGACGUUUGACCAGGCGCUGUCUGGUGAGCUGAGCACAGUGGGCAAUUUGAACAGCUGAUUUAUUCUUUGGAGAUAUUAUUUACGGUUCACACAAAACCAAACCAGAGAUUGGAAAUUAAAAUACAAGCUCACGAGGCAGAUUCUCUCAAAUUGCCCACUGGCUUUGACUAAUGACAAAGCUGGACCAGGACUAUAAAACAUAUGCAAGUGUUGUUGUUUUUUGGUCAAGGAGGUAAAAAAAAAUGCCAAGCAAAUAGAAACAAUUCUACAGCAGGCUUUAGUUAUAUUCAAACUCUUGAUUUUUCCUGUCAGCUAUCGUUUUAAGACCAAUUUUUAAUCGUAGGUCGUGUUCACGUCAACCUGUUUCCCUGGAGCUCAGUUACUGAGGAGCUGAGGGAAACUCGUUGGCUUCAACAUCGUUUUUUGAAGAGUUUAAGACUGAGUGGAGGACUCCAGAUUCAUGCAGACAGCAGGUCACAUACAAACUAGAUUUUUAUUUCUCGAUGUUUAGACACCAGGUUCUUGUGUCAGACUUUGAGUUUGGUGAUUUCUCACUAAACCAGUUUUGUAUUCUAGUGUUUAAAAAAAGAGGGGCCAGUUUAAUGGGAUGCUACGUUGAAGGAAAGUUGUCAUAGGAUGUUCGAAACAAAAAUGAAACUCCACCGUGUCCAACAGAGAGGAACCAGAUACAGAAAAUGAGUUUGCAUUAUCUUUUUAGCUUUGUGAGGUCAGAUUGUUGUCAUUGCAGCACAAAGCAAUGUGUUGUCGCUAUUGUUCAACUUGUGUCUAAACUACUAUGAUCACCGGUGAAAACAGCGGUUGAAUUGUUGAUCAGACGCGUCCCACUCAUUAUCCAAUCACAGCAUCUUGUCUGUGGACAUGAUAUGGAUACCACAGUUUAAUUAGCCUGCAGCAAUGGUUGAUAGCCUCCAUCCUAGAGAGCGCUGUUGCCGUUAUUAUAAUAAAACCAGCAUGAAGGAACAAGAAAAAGGACAACAAGUUGACAUUGCAAAUGACAAUCAAUUGUGAAGCAUUUGCUAAGUUAAAAACUCACUUUUUUUACACGUUAAGUUGCACUUUUUAAAAUAUUCCUGGGGACACCUUUACAUUUUCUUAAUCAGCUUUUUUGAUGGUUGUUGUUUAAAAUCUCAACAUCCAAGCUGUGUCCUCAGCUGCCAGGUCUGCACAGGCGGAUGAAUGCCAAACUGAAGCUUAUUACCUUACAGUUUAAUAUACACUCAAGGAUUUUGGUGCAAAAUCCACCUUUACAUAUUGACUGAAGAACAGUUUAAAUGCCUGACUGAAUUGUUCACCGUUUCCUGCGUGAGAGUCAGAUUUGUUACUUGAAUCCAUGGCUGAUGCCAACCAGAAACUUAGUAUGCAGCUAGUGCAGUCUUUUGUGUUGAGUAUGCUAAGCGCUGUUCCUGCUGCCUAACGCACAGGCAAACCUUUUUAGAGAAGGACGUACAGUGAGAGGAAGAGCCACUCGGUGAAUCUGGUUUGGUGUGUAGACAUUGCUGUGCCUUCUAGCAGCCACUAGGGGGCAGAUAGAGUAACCGUGAAUAAAUGAAGGAGCGACUGAGCAUUUUACCUGCAGCGAUAACGAUGCUAGAAAUACAAUGUAAGAUAUGAACUAAUUGUUGUGAGUUGCACAGCAGGGAGUCGUGGUUGGUAAAACUUCAGUUUACCUCACUUUUCAUCGUGUUUGUCGAGCAAUCAUGUCAAGUAGUGUUGUUCGGAAUACGCACAUAUAUAUGCAAUGUAUUUAGGGUCUUUUUCUAGCACGGAUAGAUCAUAUCUGUCGGCUGUAUUUACCAUUAAACUGUGCUGGAGUUACUACCACUGUGCCCCCCAAAACCCCCCCAUCCCACCUCGUUAAAGCCCCCCCUGGCCACUGAAGUUCUGCAGUGAGUGCAAUAGAGAUCGUUUACUCGCUCUCACUUUGCUGUCACCAAGAUUCCCUGAAGGAGCCGAUUUCUGAUAUGAUUAGCCCGAAGUCUGACCCGCGUGCGGUGCCUUGAAGUGACUGAAAAGUGUUAGGUUAGGGCUGGGUAUUUUUUCCAUGUCAGAUGAAGAAUCCAAUCUAUUUAUUUUAUAGUAAAAAUGCAGAAACGGAUGAUCUAGGUGAAAGUCGGCCCUUUCGUUCGCCCCCUAGUGGACAGUGUUGAGUAUAGCAGGUCAAGAUGAUAACAGCUUUUGCUUCAAAUAAUUAAUUUGUCCAAUAGUUUGAUAGCCUUCCAAACGAAUGCCAUUACCAACAAGAUCAUGUGUGCUUUGACUUUAGUGCUAAUUAACGAGCAUCUGAAACAAAGAUGGCUGCAUACAUCAUUAUGAGCUGGUUAGUCUUCUCCAUGGCUGUAGUCUUUUGCUUUUACUCUAUAUAGUAUAUCUUUUUCUGCCACUCACUGGUGUGUGAGGUGGCCUCCUGUGAAUAAAUCCAUUCCCCUGUACAGUAAUUAAGCUUAAAUGUAACAUUUGCUUUUGACCGCCAGCUUUACCAAUCAAAAAGUUAUUUCCUCUGGGAGAAAAAGUCGUCAUUUAGAAGAAGUCAGCACUUUAGUUUUUGAAUAUUUUAAAAACCUUUUUUGAUGCCUUAAAUUUACCCGGCGAUACCCAGCCCUAAUGGAGCAGAUAGCGGAGUUUGUUACACUGUAUACAGCGUUACCGUGGACACACACACACCGACGGUGUCACCACGGUAAUUGACCUUUUUUUCCAGCAGGAGUGCUUUCGAUUGUCGCCGAACAAUUAAUGGUGCUAUGCUCCCAUUGCUGCGGCCUGCAGGCCCCUCUGUUGUAGAAAUCCCAUCGAGUUUUACAGAAAAUACUUCAGUUACUCAGAUUAAUGUCGAACUCAAGUCUUCUGUAGUCCCUUCAUAACCUCAGAGAGGUGCGAAGGGGCGAGUGAGUGAAGUGUAGCGCAGACAGGUGUCAAAAAGAGAGGUUUCUCCACAGUUUAGUGUGAGUGUGUGAGUGAGUGUGUGUGUGUGUGUGUGUGAUUUACGGAAAGGUUCUUCCAGAUAUGAAUUUUUUUUUUUUUGGGACCAGGUGGAGUUGUAGUUAACAGCAUCCGUAGGAAUCAGCUGUUUGCACACAGAGUUCUCGAGUCUACUUUCGCUGCUAGUUUGUGUAAUUUAUCAAAAGCAUUUCUGAGAAAUAUUUAUUUUUAUAAGCCUAAUACAAAAGUUGAUAUUUUACAAAGUGACUUGACCAAAAGACAGUAAACAAAAACACUGGCACUUGAAUGUUGAAUGUCAUUGGUAUGAGUGAAAAUUUCUAUUUUUCUGGGGUAGUGUGAGCUUUUUAAAUGUUAAAGAUGCAACGUGUAGGAGUUUCUCUUUAAAUACGUCACUGCAAAAACUUGUGGGGAAUAUUUAAGUUCAGAAAAUACACCAAAAGCGUGCACAUCUUUUCAAACUGAGUUUCCUGGAAGUUUUAACUCUUAAAAUUUGACCUUUUUAUUUUAAUACAGACAAAUGAGGUGGCAGUACUUCCUCGUAGUCGUCCAGUCGUACCCAGCUUGUAGCCACAACAGGACUCCUCCCUUUCUGUUAAUUGCAACGUGAAGAUGUGCACGUGGUGCCGUUGAGGACAGCCGUACUACAGUUGAUGUGACGGUGACAUAUUUAGAGAAACGUCCUGCACGGGUUACCUUUAAAGUCACAUUGGACUCAGUAUCAGAUCCAUAAACGCCUGUUUGUGCGACAGGUUUCAUUGCCAAUAAAUGAUAAUCAACCAUAAACAGCCAUUUUUUUUUAAUUGGCAAACAAAAUUUGAGACAAUACCACCAUAUAUGCCAAGGUUUGGAUUAAAAAAAAUAAAAAUUAACUAAACGUUACGAUCAAAGACCAUUUUGUAAAAAAAAAAACAUGCAGUACAAAAAACAAGUGUCCAGAUUCUCUCCAAGUCAGAUGUUUUUUUUGUUUUGUUUUUUUCGUUCAUUUGAGUCUUUACACUUUUCCUUCCCGUAAAUACCCUUGUUGUGAGUGUCUGGCAAGUGGUGAUCUUUAAAGUCUUCAUAACACAGAAUUAACUGUGGUUCUAUUGCUAUGUUGUUGUGAUUUGCAUAUUUUCAGGCGUGUGUGUUGAUGCUCAUAUGGGGGGCGCUUCUGGCCAAUCAGGAAUGGGUAAAAGAUGACCUAAUGGGGGGUCUUUUACACAUCUUGUCAUCCACAUCUUAAAUGAAUAUGACGUAGCCUCAAUUGACCAGAAUGCAAAGAGGUCCAAUGAAAGCAACUUUUUUAUGCAUUGGGCUUUCCUGAGAACAAACGCAACACUGUGCCGCUCCAUUUCCCUUUCAAUCCAGUUCAGUUCAGAGGAUUAUUACAGGAAAUAAAAGUGUGUAGUUGUAUUUAGGAAUGAUUGCUGUUUAGCGACUGAAUUGAAAGGAGAUAUAACGCCCCGUGUUAUUGCUAUUACUGACUGGCCAGACCCCUCGAUGUGGACACAAGGCACCUCCGGCCUGGUAGUUAGUAUUUGCUUUAUGUAUUAGUUUAGCAGUUGUGCACGAAGAGGAGCACUGCACGAAGAGGAAAAAAAAUGUGCAUCUAUUCUGAUUUUACCACAAAUAAAGGUUUGGAUUUGCAAAUGUAAA